AUGCGCCUGUUGAUUCGCCAUCAACAAGCCAAUGUUCUCUCCCCCCUCGCUUUCUCACUCUUUAACUCAAAAUCUUCUCUUUCUUUUUUUUUUUUUUUUUUUUUUUUUUUUGCGGUCCACGUCCCUCAUUCUCUUGCUCUUAUUAUGUGUAUCUUUUUCUUAACUCUUUCAUUUACUUUCUCUAAUCUUCCGUCUAACCAUUGCAAGCUUACUCUCCAACUUUUACUUCCUCUCCUUUUCUCUCCUUAUCCACCUUCUAUUUCUUUAUCUUUCUCUCUACACUCUCUCCCUCAUUCCUUGAACUCUUUCUUUUUUCUUCCUCUUUUCGUAUCCGUCUUUCUCGUUACUUUCCUUUUCUUUCUCUUCUAUCAUCCUCUCACUACGUCUCGCAUUUUACUCUCCUUGUCAUUUUAUUACUUUCUACCUGUUUCUCCUCUUCCUAUUACUUUUCCCACUCUCUCUCUCUCUCUCUCUCUCUCUCUCUCUCUCUCUUUCUAUAUAUACUUCGCUACUACCUCUUUUCUUAUUCUCCCACUUCCUGUUUUCCCUUUUUCUCACUACUCCUCUUUCUUCCUCUGUUCUUAUAAUUUCUUUCUUUCUCUCUUCUUUCUUCUUUUCUCUUUCUUUACUGAUCUUCCCUUCCCUUCUUCUCACCUACUUCCUAUUCACUCUAUCUCCUUCCCAUUUUCCCUUUUCAUCUUCUCUCUCCCUCCCUGUGUAUUUUUAUUCUCUUUCUGUCUCAUUCUUAUGUCUCUGUCUCCCUCUUAUGUCACGAUAUCUCUCUUCUCAUUCCCUCUUCUUCUAUUAACAUAUCUCAUUUCCACUCACUAA